AAGAUCCCAAUCCCUUCAUCUUCUUCUCUCUAAUCAAAGCCUUCGCGGACAGCCGAAACCCAGAAUUCUCAUUGAUCUUUUAUGCCCAAAUGCUGCAUCAUUUGGAAAAUCUCCGCGGGGUUGAAUUCUCGCUACCGUCUGUGCUCAAAGCUUGUGGUAAGAUCUCGGCCUUCGAAGAAGGCCGGCAACUACAUGGGCAGAUCUUGAAAACCCAAUUCCUGUUAGAUCCAUUUGUGUCGAAUUCGGUGCUCCGGAUGUAUCUGGAAUUGGGUGAGGUAGGAAUUGCAAGGUGGGUAUUUGACAAAAUGCCUGAUAGAGAUGUAUUUUCUUGGAACUCGAUUAUUUCAGGUUGUUUUAAGGCUGGGGAAGUUGAGUCCGCUCGCAAGAUGUUUGAUGAAAUUCCUGAGAGGGACAUGGUCACGUGGAAUUCAAUGAUUGAUGGGUAUAUGAAAUGCGGGGAAUGGAAGCUUGCGAGGGAUAUUUUUGAUGAAAUGGGUCAGAGAGACAUAGUUUCUUGGACGGCCGUGAUUUCAGGCUACGUGCUUAAUGGUCGUCCCAAGGAUGCAUUAGAGCUCUUCAAGAAGAUGUUAGAUUUGAGAUUUCAGCCUGAUGUUGCUUCCAUUGUUAGUGUUCUUUCAGCCAUCGCUGACUUGGGAUUUGUUGAAGAAGGCAAGUGGGUGCAUGCUUUUGUUCGUAGAAACAAGAUUAGAUUAAGCUCUGGGGUUCUUGGAUCGGCUCUCAUCGACAUGUACGCAAAGUGCGGGUACAUCGAAAAUGCUUACCAUGUCUUCAAAAGUGUCAUGCAUAGAAGAAGCAUAGGGGAUUGGAAUUCAAUGAUUUCAGGCCUUGCAGUUCAUGGGCUUGAUCAAGAAGCCUUGGCAAUCUUCCAUGAGAUGGAGACUAGAGAAAUUGUGCCGAAUGAGAUCACUUUCUUAGGAGUCUUGACUGCCUGUAGCCAUGGAGGGUUGGUGCAAGAGGGGCAGUUUUAUUUCAAGCUCAUGCAAGGAAGAUAUCAAAUGGUGCCAAGGAUACAACACUAUGGGUGUUUGAUUGAUCUUCUUGGUCGAGCCGGGCAUGUUGAGGAGGCAGACCAAGUAAUAAAGGAGAUGCCCAUAGCCCCUGAUCUCUUGGUAUGGAAAGCUAUGCUUAGUGCAUGUCUAAAGCAUGGCCAAGUCACAAUUGGUGAAUGCGCCGGCAUGCAUGCAAUCGAGUUAGCCCCACACGAUUCGGGCACUUACAUUCUCUUGUCGAACAUCUAUGCCAAGGCUGGGAGGUGGGCUGAUGUCACUAGGAUUAGAUCGAUGAUGAAGGAGAGUGGAGUCAGGAAGGUCCCAGGGAGCAGUAGGAUUGUCGUCGAUGGGGAUAUUCAUGAAUUUCUUGCAGGGAAGGAGAUCAAUUUAAGGUAUAGAUACAUGGUUCUAUCUAAGCUAGAGGAGAUGAUGUGUCGAUUGAAGAUGGAAGGCUAUGAACCUGAUUUAACCCAAGUUCUUGUUGAUGUUGAGGAAGAGGAAAAGGAAGGGUUGCUUAGUCUCCAUAGUGAGAAGCUAGCAAUUUCAUUCGGACUUAUAAACAUCAACAAAGGGCAGCCCAUUCAUGUUGUGAAAAACCUCAGGGUAUGUUGUGAUUGCCAUUCCUUCUGCAAGACAGCGUCGAAGGUUUAUAACCGCACGAUCAUUCUUAGGGACCAAAGUCGAUUCCACCAUUUCAAGAAGGGUUUGUGUUCAUGCAAUGAUUACUGGUGACCACAUAUAACUUGUGUGUUUAGAUGUACUUUACAAAUCCCAUCUCAUAUUGCUCUGCAAAAUAGGCACAAAGGGCCUGUUUGGUUUGAUGUAAUUAUGUAUUUUCAUGUAAUUUCUCUCAAAGCAGCAUUAAAUGCAUACAUCAAACCACACCAAAUGUGUUUGAAAGUGAAGAGGAAUUAGGUCAGAUCA